AUGACAUUUCCAGAGCUGCUGCCCAUUGUGCACGUUUAUGUGCAGUCCAUUGAAGGAAUAUUGAAGGUGGGUGCUCUUCAACACCAGAUCUCCAUGCGGAAGCCUGAACAAAUCCAGGGGGAGGAAAUGAGCAGCCCCCUGUCACCUCUCCUGCCUCCUCUUCAGUCACCUGCUAGAACAGAGAAUUCCAAACUUCCCCUGGAGGCAAAGGACAGCUCCAGUGACAGUGAGGAGGAGCUUCCCAGGGUGCUGGACCUGCCAGCACGAAAGCCUGAGCCACCAGCUUAUAACAAGUGGUGGCUGGGCAACCUGCUGAGCCAGGCAAAGCGAGGAGCAGGGCCAGGAGAGGCUCCCAGGGGAAUUGCCUGUGGGAAUGGACGUGAGCAGGGCAUCAGCAGCAGCUCCUGCCAGCAGCUCUCCAAGGCAAGGAAGCCUCCUCACAAGAGCUGGGGCCAAGUGGCCAAGAAAUCCCAAAAAACCUGUCACCAAGUGGCCAAGGGUUCUCAGAAGAGCACUGGCAAACCAGCCAAGAUGUCUCAAAAAAGCUCUGGCCAAAGGCUCAAGGAUUUGCACAAGAGCUCUGGCCAAAGGCUCAAGGAUUUCCACAAGAGCUCUGGCCAGGUAACAAAGGAUUUCCACAAGAGCUCUGGCCUGGUAAAAAAGGAUUUGCACAAGAGCUCUGGCCAGGUAACAAAGGAUUUCCACAAGAGCUCUGGCCAAGCAAUGAAGGACUCUCAGAAGAGCUGGAGUCAAGUGGCCGAGUGUUUUCCCAAGAGCUCUGGCAAUGUGACCAAGGAAUUUCACACCAGCUCUGUCCAAGGUGCCAAGGUUUCAGAGAAGAGCUUUGGCCAAGAAAAAAAGACUUCUCACAAGAGCUGUGGCCAAGUGGCCAAGGACUGUCACAAGAGCUCUGCCCCCCUGGCAAAGCAUUCCCAGAAGAGCAGUGGCCAGGUGGACCAGGCUCCUCAGCAAACUCCUCAGACCAAGCAGAGCUGCCUGGAGCCCCCUGGGCUCACCAAGGGGGCUGUGCCUAAGGAGCCUGUGGCUACCAAAAGGCCUGGAGAGCCCCUGGAGCACGACAAAUCCAAAAGAGUGCGGAAGGGCAAGAGCUAGCCUGGUGCUGUGGGGGUCACAGAGCAGUCCUGCAAGGCUCAGCUGGAAGCCAAAGAGGUAGAGAAGCCAAAACCCAUCGAGAGUAAAGACCCAAAGCUGGCACUUCAGAAGCCCUCUGAGCAGAGAAAGGACAAGGGCUCCCCCCAGGCCAGCACCAAAGGCUUUCUGGACCCUGAGCUCCCAGGAGAUGCUCAGGAACGUGAUGCUCUCACUCCCAAUGGCCACAGGCCUGGGGAUUUGCACAAAGAGAAAGUGCCCUCACCUCCUGAGGAGAAGUUGUUCUUGCCUGCAAGGAAGCCAGACUUGAAGAGAAAAGAAAUGAAGAGUCCUGAGGAGUCCCCUAGAAAGAAGAAGGUGAGAGGGGCAGGGGAAGAUGGGUUUGGACAAUGACCAGGGUGGUGUUUGAAAAACUCAUGUGGAGAUUCCCUUCAGAGGUUGGCACUAGAGCCAUGAUCCUUCUCCUCUGAAGGUAGCUCCAGUGUGUUAUUUGUAUGUUGGGAAAGCAGGUACAGUGGGGUCCCAGUGCUAGGCAAGAGGAUUGAGGGGGGGGUCACAGGAUCCAAAAUGGGGAUUCCGGGGGUUCCCCUGCCCGGGAAUGGAGGUUCAGGGGGGUUCUCAGUGCCUGGAAAUGGAAGCUCAGGUCUGGGAAGAUAGGUUCUAAGGAUAGUGCAGAAGGCAAUCUUUCCCAAUGAAUUACAGCUGUACUGAUUACUGAGGAGUGGAAACAGCCUUGCCUGCCCAAUGAGGGUGGAUGUUAUAAAAGAGUGGUCAGCUGGCCACAAGCUGCUGAUGGAGCUGGUGUGUGCUGUAGUUUGGGAUGGAGUGUGCUGGCUGUGCUGUGAGAAAGUAAAGAACAUGCAGUCGAGCAAGGGACAGAUAAAUUGUUGUGUGAAAGACAGACAGGGUUAAGCAUCCAGGUAAGGGACACGUUGGGGUUACCCAGUCAUGUAAAAGGAAAAAGGAAAGAGAGAAGGAGUCAGAGCUGUGUGGAGCUGCCUAUGAGGAAAGGAGUUAGAGUUGCCUGAAAGAAGUUCAUUGAGAGAAGGCAUGAGAAGUUUUCAAUAAAGGUUGGUGAUGAUGCCAGUUGUGUUCAUCUCAACGUAAUAACUACAUCUCCCCAUGUCCCCACCCAUGUCUCAGUUCAAUGUCUUUAUUUUUACCCCAAGGUUGGAUGUUUUAAAGGGAUGAAGAGAAAUCAAAAGCAAAUCAAGGCCAAAAGAAAAGGAUUUCUGUGUCUGUGCAAGCUGAAAAUCCAUGUAUUUGGGAGGGAGGGAAGAACCUUUUUUGAAGGGAUUUCCAUCCCAUUGUCUCCAAAAUCUUGGUCUUUGCCCCAGUUCAUCAGCAUUUGAUUGUGGAAGACACCCUUGGGCAAUAGGAAAUCAAACUCCUGGAAUUGCUGAGGUUGGAAAAGACCUUCAGGACCAUUCAGUAUUUCUGGACACUACCAGAAGUUAGGAUUGAAGGCAGAAGAUUAUCUGGGGUUGAAAGUCAACAAAUUCACUCUCCCCAAGGAAUUCCCAAUGUCCGUUUGCGUCCCAAUGGACGUUCCUGCCCCUGAAUUCAUUCAAGUCCCCACAGACAGACAGAUGAUGCAGAGCCCCCCCAGCCAGGUGUCUUCCCAACACGGAUCAGCAGCAACACAGAUCACCAGGGCUCUGCCCAACGGGGGUCA